AUGCCUCCAAUUCUAUAUCUCGUGCGCCACGGCCAAGGCGAACACAACGUCAACAACUCCCAUCAUAUCCGAGAUCCCCUCCUCACCGAGCACGGCAAGAAACAGUGUCAAGAUCUGCGAGAUCAGUUUAAACAUCACGAAGACAUCUUACUCGUGCUUGCAUCUCCCUUGCAACGCGCCAUUCAAACCGCAGCUCAUGCGUUCUCCCCCGUGUUGGAGAAGCGCCAGGUACCAUUCGUUUUAGUACCGUUGGCGCAGGAAAUUAGUCAUCUUACUUGCGAUCUCGGGGCUGAUCGGGAGAGUCUUGCGAGAGAUGCACCCGGGCUGAUUGCCCAAGGGGCUCCUGGUUAUAAUGUCGAUGAUUUGGAUAUGUCCUUGGUUGACGAGGAUUGGAAUUCCAAGGCAGGAAUCUACGCCCCUACCCUGUAUGCAGUUCGCAAGCGAGCCGCAGCACAACGAAGCUGGCUCUGGCAACGACCCGAAGAGUGCAUCGUUCUGGUCUCACAUGGUGCCUUCUUACAUUAUCUGACUGAAGACUGGACAGGUUAUGAUAGAGCCCGUGGUACUGGUUACAUGAAUUGCGAAUACCGACAAUAUGAAUUCAGCAAAGAUUCAACAGAAGCAGAUGCGCAUUUGAUUGAGAUUGGUGUUUGUCGGGAAAAGGUCAGUCGGCCUGCUGGUCUGGAUGCGCAUGUUAUACAUGAGAUUGAGGAGGUCGAGAAGGCAUCUCACUGA